UCUGUGAGAUCACGUGAGAUUUUUCCAAGACGGGUCACAAGACACAGGCAAGAUGGCGGCGGUCGCAGUGGUGGAAACCCCGUCCGGGAAAGAUGCUAUCGCAGAAGGGCUGAUGGAUCUCCUGCAGCCGGCGGUGCAGCAGCUCGAUUUACACGUGCACGCCGUGAGGGAGAGUCAAGUGGAGCUUCGAGAACAUAUCGACAACCUGGCGACUGAGCUCUGCAGAAUCAACGAACACCAGAAAGUCGCUCUUGAUUUGGACCCGUAUGUGAAGAAGCUGCUGAAUGCCAGACGCAGAGUCGUUUUGGUCAAUAACAUCCUACAGAAUGCACAAGAACGGUUACGCCGUUUGAACCACAACGUCGCGAAGGAAACGGCACGUCGGAAAACCAUGCUGGAAACGUCCGGAGCGUUUUCCGCUCGCUCUCCCAGCAAGCCGUGACGAGAGACGGCUUAAUCAGACGUUUCAUGAGACGUUCCUGUGUAUGAUGGCGGACGCAGUGAACUCCACACGGCACUGUUCAGCACUGAGGCUCCUGUCCAUGUACAGAGAGCUUUCUAUAAAUAUAUGUAUAUACGUAUGCCUUCAAUGAUGCAGCCUGGUGACUGAAUGAUUUUUAAUGAUCUGCACCAGGAUUUAACGUUCUUUGUACGGUACCGCUGCAGGUAUCCUCAGAUCAGAGGUUCUUCAGCUUGCACACCUCGAGAUCAGGUCAAGAGGAAUGGAGCACCCUUCUGUAUGUGCAUCAGGUUCUCCAUGAUUUUAUUAGCGAUCUCAUUGCGUGUGGAAUGAACCACUCGGGGUCAGGGGGUGUUCACCAUGACCAUGCUCAAAUCCAUUUUCUCCUACCAUGAAAUGUUUUAUUCCCCACAGAAAUUCUUUUUUUUAUUGAUUAAAGAAAGAGAUUUAUUACUAUUUGUUCCUGGUUGCUUUAAAGCGGCUCUCUAACCUGCACUACCUUCUGCAGUGCUUUUAAUUUAUAUUGCUUUCUUCUGACACUGGAGACUUCCUUCCAUAAAUAAACAUUAUUGUUCGUCUGA